AUGGAACCUAGACCUAUUGAUAGAUCAUUACUGAGGCAUCAAGGGAACCAUGUAUCAGAGAAAAUAUGGACCGGUAAUGAAAGGAUGAUCAGACCAAGACAUCGUCGAAGGCUAAGUAUGGUGCAUGAAAUAGAUAGUCGUAUUAGAGCUUUAAUAGAUAAUGCGGGUUUCGGGCAUGCAUUUGAAAUUGGUGAUUCAAACAUAGACCAUCACCUUAUUACAGCAUUGGUCGAGCGCUGGAGGCCAGAGACCCAUACCUUCCAUUUCCCGUAUGGUGAGGUCACCAUUACGUUGCAAGAUGUCGCCUUACAACUUGGUCUUCCUAUUGACGGCGAGGUUGUUACUGGGUAUAGUUCUAGUAAUUGGAAGGAGGUUUGUUCAUUAUUAUUGGGACAUAGUCCUCCAGAAAAUGACAUGUUGGGGGGUAAGGUGAAUCUUACUUGGUUAGAAAACACAUUCGAGUUUCUUCCUCCUGAUGCAACUGAUGAAGUCAUAGCACAACAUGCUAGGGCUCACAUCUUGUUGUUGCUUGGUGGUUUGUUGUUACCUGACACAUCAGGGAGUCGAGUUCACCUGAUGUACCUUCAAAAUUUGGUAGAUUUGCCAGCUGCCCAAAAUUAUAGUUGGGGUUCACCUGUUUAG